UUAGGGUCGACAACUCAAUAAUACUCUUCAAAGGAAGGCGGUGUUUGCAUUAUAAACAAAACAAAAACAUUGCUUAUAAACAGUUAUCGAAUUAGGGGACAAUUGAAUGUGACUUAUUGUGUAUAAGCCGAAUAAAAUCAAUAUAUUUGAAUAACUGAACUAUCAUUCUACAAUGCCACGAGGCAAAGGAGCAAGAAAUAUAAAGCGUAAAAGUGACACGGAUGUUGUAGCUUCAUCCAGCAAAAUCAAGAAGACAUUGUCUGAAGAUGAUUCAAUUAGUCCUGACAUUAGAAAAUCCAUUAAGGAUGAGCAAGUAUCUUGUGAUUCUGGUUCUCAGGGUGCAGUUAUACAUGCUCCCGGGUCCAGACUUGAUUCCAUGUUUUUCAACAGAUCUUGCAAAGAAUUAGCGAAAGCUCUGCUAGGACAGACUUUAAUCAGUAUUGUUGACAAGACUCGUGUAGCGGGAAAAAUAGUUGAAACAGAAGCGUAUCUUGGCCCAGAGGACAAAGCAGCCCAUUCAUACAAUGGGAAGCGAACAGCCCGGAACGAGGCCAUGUUUUUGUGCCCAGGUACUGCCUAUGUGUACAAUAUCUAUGGAAUGUACUGCUGUAUGAACAUAUCAGCGGAAGAGAAUGGAGCAGCAGUUCUGAUCAGAGCAUUGCAGCCCCUUGAAAACCUGGAGAACAUGGACAAGCUGCGCACAAAGGGCAAGGAAGGAGCAUCUUUAAUGAAGAAAGGGGGCCAGGGACUAUGUAAUGGCCCUUCAAAACUAUGCCAGGCCUUGGGAAUAACAAAGGAUGCGGUGAAUAAAGUUAAAUUGCAAGAGUCUGAUUCAGUUUGGUUGGAGAAGGGCGAAGAUAUUGACGAUAAAGAUAUAGUCUGUUGUAAGCGGAUCAAUAUUGACUAUGCUGGGGACUGGGUUGAAAAGCCAUUGCGCUUUUAUGUACGGGGGAAUGGUUUUGUGAGCAUUAAGGAUAAAGAUGCAGAAAAAGACUUUGGAUAAUGUUGUUUUUUUUCAAUUAGUAUACUGUUCUAAACAUGUGGAUUGCAUUAUGUUUUUUUAGAUAUUUAUUUACUUGUUACUAAUUAUAUUAUCAGAUUUGUAUGAUGAUUUUUAUCAUGAUGUGUUGAAUUGAAAUAGUUAAUAGAUCCUCAUAAUAUAUAUUUAUACAAAGUAUUGAAUUUUAUUAAGAAGGUUUUUUCUGUAUAAAUUUUUUCAUAAAGCUAAUGUAUAAGUUAUUGUAAACCUUAUCAGGGUGCAGAAUCAACAGGGUUUUCAGGGGUUUACACACCAGCUGGACAGAAAGUAAACACACCGUUAAGAACUUUAUUUUUUUCAAAUAUCUCAAGUUAUUGAAAAACAUUUGCAAAAGUCUUUAGUGCAUAUUAAAAAGACAGUUUGUUUGCAGUGUGUGUUGACAUCUUAAGGUAUGAGAAUAAAUCCUUGAAUACGUCUAAAAUUGGUGACAAAGUGUCACGUUGCAUGAAGCAUAAGUUAACUGUGCAGUACACCAGGAGUUCUUUAAAAGGAAAACAAACAGGCAUAUUAAAUAAGCAGCUUAAAAAUCUGUCUUUUAUGCACUAAUAAAAAUUCUUAAGAAAAAUUGUUUUAAAAAGUUAUUUGGAAAAAAGCACUUUGGAAAAAAAGCACCGCUUACCAGUGUGUUUUAUUACAUCCAUUAAGGUUUAAUUGGGAACCCCAAAAAGUCGUGUGAUCCUGCACCCUGUUUUGAACAGGGCAGGGACAUUUAAGUUUGAUAUUAUUGGUUCAUUGCUUAGUUUACCACUAUCAUUUCAGAUCUUCAAGUCCAAUAUUUUUCCAUUUAUAUAACCUACUGUAAUUACUAUUCGGUAAACAGGGUUAUAAACUUACUUUUUGAUCACUUAACAAAAAAAUUGACAUUGUCCAUUUUUGCGUUUUCAUUUCUUUUUGCAUAGCGGAGUUUUCUCAAAAAUCUAAGAACCCUAGAAGCACAAUUUCAAGAGGUGCAUCUGCUUGGCUUAAUAUUAAAGUCAUUAUCUAUAAUAAACCAAUUGGAUUAACGCACUGUUCCGUUUGUAUAACUGUUUAAUAAAUAUUUAAUUUUAUUAAGCCCUUAAUGCUUUCUCAAUAUUUAUGAUAAUAGUAAUCAAUGUUUUCGAAGCAUGUAUUAAUGAUACAUUUCUAUAAUUUAGUUAUUACUGGUAAUGGUUCUUUAGUAAUCGAUUUAUAUUGGUUUAUUAUGUUCCAAAACUUUAGUAGAUUGUAUGGUGUCUGCCAAACUGCAAAUGUAUGUGUUGCUUAAAGUUUCAAUAAAUUAUUAUUAGUUUA